AUGAGUAGAAAAGAUCCUGCUUGGAAGUAUAGUGUUGAAAUAGAAGUGCCGGGAAAAGGUGGAAAAAAAGGAUACAAUUAUUUAAAGUGUAAUUUUUGUAGUAAAGAUAUUAAGGGAGGGGUGAAGAGAGUGAAAGAACAUCUUGCUUGCACACACAAAGAUGUAAAACCAUGUCCUAAAGUACCUAAAGAAGUCAAGGAUGAGAUAAGUCAAUAUUUGAAAGACUAUGAAAAUACAAAAUUUAUUUCUCAACGAAAGUUUGAUGGGGCGGUGGAUUGUGGAUCCUACUUUGGUGAUGGACCUAGUGGUUUUGGUAGUGGCAAUCCUUUGGAGGGCGUGAAUUCUUGUCCUAGCGGUAGUUCUAGAGGUGUUAGAGGGCCUAUGGAUCGAUUUAUGGAGAAUAAAGGAGAUGAUGAAAAUGAAAAAAAUACCGCUGCCACAAAAAUGACUCCAACGAGUGCUAAAGAGCAUCGAAAUCAAGUGAUCACAGAUAAUGCAAGUGCAUACAAGGCAGCUAUAAGAUUAUUAAUGGAGAAGAGAAAAAGUUUGUAUUGGACUCCGUGUGCUGCUCAUUGUAUUGAUUUGAUGCUUGAGAAAAUUGGAGAAUUGCCACAACAUAAAAAUGAUUUGCUUAAAGCAAAGAGAGUUAGCAAUUUCAUCCAUAACCAUCAAUGGGUGUUGAGUUUAACAAGAAAAUUUGCAAAGAAAGAUCUUCUUCGACCAGCUGUCACACGAUUCGCCACUGCCUUUCUAACUUUAGAAAGUAUGCAUCAAUUGAAGCAACCACUACAACUGAUGUUUGUUUCAAAAGAAUGGUCAAGUUGGUCAAGUUGUGCAUGGGCAAAGAAACUUGAAGGGAAAGCUGUGAAGAAAAUCAUAAUGAAUGAUAAUACAUUUUGGCCUAGUGUGGUUUAUUCCAUAAAAACCACAAAGCCCCUUGUGAAUGUUUUAAGAAUAGUUGAUAGUGAGAGGACACCAGCAAUGGGAUUUAUUUAUGGUGCUAUGGAUGAGGCAAAAGAAAAGAUAGCAAAGAACUUAGAUGGAGACGUGUCUUCAUAUAAGGAGAUUUGGGAUAUCAUUGAUCAGAAGUGGGAGUUUCAAUUGCAUCGCAACUUGCAUGCAACUGCAUAUUACUUGAAUCCUCGAUUCAGAUGGAGUCCCAAUGUUUCCGAGCAUCCAGAGAUUAAAACUAGUUUGUAUAAGUGCAUGGAUAGACUCAUCAAGGACCAAGAAACAUAUGUGAAGGUCGAUGCCCAACUUGAUGAGUAUAAAUACAAGCGAGGAUUGUUUGGCUUCAGAUCAUCCUUAACAUCAUACUUAACACGUCCGCCUGUUGAAUGGUGGGACAACUUUGGAGAUGAAGUUCCAGAACUUAAGUCAUUUGCAACAAGAGUUCUAGGUCUUACUUGUUCAGCAUCGGCAUGUGAACGUAAUUGGAGUACGUUCAAUCAAGUGCACACAAAGAGAAGAAAUCGUCUUAGCACAAAAAAGAUGAAUAGUUUGGUGUAUAUUAUGUACAACAAAAAGUUGAAGCACAAAUAUUUUAAGAAACAAUCACGAAGAGAGGAAGAUGAUCCUUUGAUUGUUGAAAAUGUGUCUUCUGAUGAUGAAUGGGUAGCCAAUCCAAAUGAUGAAGAGGAUGGUGAUAGUAGAGCAAUCGAAGUUGGUGGGAAAAUUGAGAUUGAGGAUGAGGGUGGAAGUUUAGCACCGAGGAAGAGGAAAAGAAAUCAAGCACCAAUUGAAGUGAAUUUGGAUGAGGAAGAUGAAUUUGAAGGAGGAGAAAAUGACAGUGAAGAUGGAGAUGAUGGUCGAGCUAUACAAUUUCAUGAGAGUGAUGAUGAAGAAAGUGAAGAGUUCUUGGAGAUUUAA